GUCCAUCUGACCCAUCUGACGAUUUUCGGGGCGUGAGUCGCCGUCAUUCGUGUUACCCCUUACGUCCUUCACUACCUCUCUGAUAGCGAAGAGGAGCUCAAGCUUGAGUUUUAGAUUCACUCCUCAUUCUCUUCGUUAGUUUUCAUAAUUGAAGCCUUUCCAUUCAUAGGAAGUUAAGAAUCAAAGUACUAGAAUUGCAAAUUGUGGUGGCAGUGGAGGGUAAUAUGCAGUUGAAAAGUGAAGGGUUAAGAUGAGGUUUAUGAUCAGUUCAAGAAACAGAACAAGGCCAUGGAUGAGGAGGUACCUGGCUCCCUGGGAACCAGAGCCAGCUUUUCCUUGAGACUGGGCCAGACCAUUUUCUCCUCUGCUUCUCUUCUCUUUAUGUCUCUUGGUGUCCAGUUCUACGGCUACACUGCUUUCUGCUACCUGGCAACAGUGAUGGGUUUGGUUAUCCCAUGGAGUUUCACUCUAGCAUUAGUGGAUGGAUACUCCAUCCUAGUUAAAUGCUCUAUUCGUCAACCCGGAAUACUACUUGUAAUUGUGGCAGGAGAUUGGAUAUUAUCCAUUCUUACACUCGCUGCAGCAUGCUCGACUGCUAGUGUUGUGGAUCUCCUACUUCACGCCGAUGGACCUUACUGCUCCCAAAAGUUGUGCAGCAGAUAUCAGAUUUCAGCUGCUAUGGCUUUCUUGUCUUGGUUUCUAUCUUUGGCUUCAACUCUUUUCAAUCUUUGGUUACUCCCCUCUUUGUGAUAUACCAAGAUUGCGGCCUUUCCUUGAUCUGAUG